UUUCUUCCACCACGCCCACCCCUCAUGUAACCACCCCCACCUCAUCUCUCAAACUUCCCCACACUCUUUCUUUUGUCCUUACCCCCCACCCCAUCGCUACCCUUCCCUUCAAAACCCUCUCCCCCCAAGCAGUGACAACCAAAUCAAGAAAAUGGCAAUGGCAGCUGCCGGAUCAGGGUGUUGUUUUGCUGGGCUGAGGCCUGAUUCCUCCAAGAUCUUUCAUGGAAGAAGGAAGAAUGUUUCUUGGGGGAAGAGGGCUGUUUCUAAUGGAGGAAGAACACACUGCAUGAAGACAUGGAGCCCUGUGGACAACAAGAAAUUCGAGACACUCUCGUAUCUUCCACCCCUGUCGCAAGAAUCCAUUGCUAAGGAGAUCGAUUACAUGAUCAACCAGGGCUGGAUCCCUUGCCUUGAAUUCGAUGAGAUGGGAAAUAUUCGCAGGGAGAACAGCAGGAUCCCGAAUUACUACGAUGGAAGAUACUGGACUCUGUGGAAGCUGCCCAUGUUUGGGUGUACAGAUUCUUCAAAGGUUCUUGAAGAGAUUGAAGAAUGCAAGAAGACGUACCCCAACGCCUAUAUUAGGUGUCUGGCCUUCGACAACACCAAACAGGCUCAGUGCAUGUCCUUCCUUAUCCACAAACCCUGCCCUGCCUAAUUAACCACCUACUAUGCAUAUGCAUACAUACUAUAUGAUCUAUCUGUGUGUGUGUGCUCAUCUAUCUUGUGUUCUACAGAUAGAUAUAAAUAAUGUGUUGCAGUCUGUCCCGUGUUUUCUGUUUACUCGUUGCUCUUUAACUUAGGGAAUUGUUGCUGUUGGAUGUGGUCGAGGCCAUUCAGUAAUGUUUAUGUUUUAUAAUACUUCCCCUCAAUUCGAAAUAUCACUUUUAUCA